GUGAAUAUUCAGUUAUAACUACUUUUCGUCUAUUCAAAUAAUUUUGCUGACAAAGAAUAAUACGUAUAAUUCUUUGAAUACCGAUUUUAAGAAAAAAGUUGUUAAUUAAUUCUAAGAAAAUGAACCAAACAGUACCCAUUCAAGAGCUCAGAAGUUUUCAAUUUCUUUCAGUUUGUCAUUAUAUCAAUAGUUUGGGUUUAAUUUUUAACAAUUUGAAUUUAAUUUCAUUCGAAGAGAGAAAUAAUUCUGUUAUUGUAUUGAAUACAUUUUUUCAAUAUUUAAAUAAUUCUACUGAAAAUGAAUCAAUGAUAAAACUUCAACUUCUUCAAAAAAUACUAAAAGGAAGUGAUCUUUAUGGUGGUGGGCAAAAUGAAACACUCGACAUAAAAUACGUUAAUGAAACAUAUGAAUAUAUAAUUGACAAUGCUCUAUUUUUUCACUAUGGACACAUUACUGGAUAUUUGGCUGGAAUUAUUAAUAGAGGAAAAAAUAUAACAUAUUCAAAAUUUAAGGAAAAUGUAUUUCAACACUUUUCAGAAAAUUAUACAAAUCAUAAUCAUUGUUGGACAAAUAAUGAAACAAUUAAAUUGACAUCAUUGACAAUUGAAAAAGUAUUCAAUGAAAAUAUUUGGUCUCUAUUUCCAAAACCAGAGGAAAAUAAUAUGAAAAUAAUUGAUUUGAAUUAUACAUACGCAAUGGUUGGUUUAAAAAUUGCCCGUUCAAUUAAUGAUGAUAUUGAAAAUCAAACAUUUCAAAAUUAUAUUCUUCUAUCGCAAGCAAUUGAAUUUCAAACAUUUACCAAUGAAACACAUCAAUUGAUAUUGGAAUUAUAUGCAAUGCCGGCAUUAUUUUAUUACGCUCGCAAAUAUAAGAAAGAAUUUCGAAAAGAAAAUUUAUCAUCACUUAAUAAUGAAUUUUGGCAUAAGGUAUAUGAAAAUUAUUUUCAUUUUGCUAAUAUUACAAUAGUAAAAACAAUAAAUAAUGAAGUUAAAAAAAGUUUACAAUACAAAAUGGAAGAGGAAUUUAAAAAAUUAAAAAGUCGAACGAUUAUUGCCACUGAAAUACUUAAUUCGAUUUGCCAUAAAAAUAUUACUAAAAUAAGACCGCAUUUUGUUGAUGUAUAUAAGUUUUCACAAUUUUUAUUUAAACUUUUAUAUCUUCCUAAGCAUUGUGACGAUCUUCCUAAUUUAGAAGAAAAAUAUAAUCUGCAAUUUAAUAAUGUACGAAAAAUAUUUAAUCAAAUUGAACAAAAUUCAUUGAAAAAAGUUUUAAAGGAUGGUAAUAUAAUAGAAAAAAUAAAAAUAAAUACAACAGUUCGAUUUGCAUAUGUUUCUAAUUAUCAUAUGUAUUCGACAUUGGUUCCACCAUCGCCAAAAAAAAAAUAAAAAUAUAUAUUUACUAUUUGCCAUAGUAGAAAAUAAAAUACCCAAUUAUUAUGCCAUUAAACAAGUGAAUAAUACUUUGACAUUACUUCAAAGAAAUAAUAAUAAUAAACAAGAAUAUGGUAAAGCAGUUGCUAAUGAUCCUUCUUUAAAAAUAGAAAUAUAUCCAUUUGGAAAGUAUCUAAAAUAUGAUAAAGAAAAUUUAACAAAAUUUAUUGAAAGAGUUGCUGAUAUAAAAACCAAUGAAUUUAUAAACAAUUUAGUAAAUUAUUUCAAUGAGCCAACAGUUGGAGAGAAAGUAAUAGAUUUUUUAAAAUCUCUUAUACCAUUUUAUACUUGUGUUCAAAGUAUAAACAUAAAUAACCAAGUACAAGCAGGAUUUAGUUGUACUUUAGAUGCUUUAAGUAUUGUAUCUAUGGCAGGAGUUGCAUCAAAAUCUUCAAAUAUAUUUUUGAAUAACAUUAUUGCUAGAAUACAAACACAAUCAUUUUGGAGUGUAUCAGGACAAAUUGUUAAAUUACCAUUAACUACUUUAAUAUCACGAAUUUAUAAAUCAGCUAUUCAAAUUGUUGCAGAAAAAUGUCUCAUUAAAGGUUUUCUUAAAGAUUUAUCAAUUACCUUCCUACAAAUUUUGGAUCCUGGCUUUGAAUUAGCCUAUAAAUUAUCUAAAUUCUCUUAUCAAUUAUUACGUAAAUUAUUUCAUAGCUCACAAUUGAGUGCAAAAUUCAUUCCAGAAGUUAAAAAUCUUCUAUUAUCAAUGAAAUCUGACAUAAAAAUUGGUAAUAAUAAAAAUUUGCUACCUGAUCAUACUGGACUAAUACCAAAAGUUAUUUAUCAGAAAGAUAACUAUAAAGUCAUCAAAUACAUUUAUCCUGGUGGUGAAAAUUAUUUUGGACCAAAUUGUAUAUCAUCAUUUGGUAAUACUGCAGAAUUAAGAACCAUCGAAGGGAAUCCAUUUCAAGUUCCCGUUGUGCCAAUAAAAGAUGAUUUGAACAAAAUUUCCUAUCGUGAAUAUAAUCCAACAACAAAUAAAAUUUCUGAUGAUAAAUUAGAAAUGGAAAGAAAUGAUAUUCUCCGUAGAGUUAUACCCUAUCUUAAUCUAGAUGUAGAUGUGAAAAUAACACGUAAUUAUAUAGUAAACCAUUUGUCAGUGCAUUGGAAAAAAAAUUUGAAAAAUAAUUGGGAAGAAGGAAAUUUAAAUCCAUUUAAUGAAGUAGUAAAUGUUAAUCAGCCUGGUGAUAAUUUGGAGAAAGGAAUUUUAAAUCCAUCUGAUGAAGCAGUUAAUUUUAAUCAGCAUGAUGAUAAAAAUCCUAUUGUGAGCUCUGAUGUUUCAGAAAAUGUAAUUCCAAAAGUUGUGGAAGAUUCUAAAUCAGUUAUGAAAGACACUGAAAGAUUAAAGUCAACAGCAGAUGAAAUUGAUUUGGAUAAUAUUCCCGGGACGUCAAAACAAACUGUCGCAAAGAAUAAUUUGGAGGAAGGAAAUUUAAAUCCUUCUGAUGAAGCAGUUAAUUUUAAUCAGCAUGAUGAUAAAAAUCCUAUUGUGAGCUCUGAUGUUUCAGAAAAUGUAAUUCCAACAGUAGUGGAAGAUUAUAAAUCAGUUAUGAAAGACACUAAAAGAUUAAAGUCAACAGCAGAUGAAAUUGAUUUGGAUAUUCCAGAAAAGAGAAAAAAAAAGGUGUCAAUUCCAGUAGUAGAGGCAAUUAAUAAUCAUGAUUUAGAUAAUAUUCCCGGCACGUUAAAUCAAGUUGUCGCAAAGAAUAAUUUGGAGAAAGGAAAUUUAAAUCCUUCUGAUGAAGCAGAUAAUUUUAAUCAGCAUGAUGAUAAAAAUCCUAUUGUGAGCUCUGAUGUUUCAGAAAAUGUAAUUCCAACAGUAGUGGAAGAUUAUAAAUCAGUUAUGAAAGACACUAAAAGAUUAAAGUCAACAGCAGAUGAAAUUGAUUUGGAUAAUAUUCCCGGGACGUCAAAACAAACUGUCGCAAAUAAUAAUUUGGAGGAAGGAAAUUUAAAUCCUUCUGAUGAAGCAGUUAAUUUUAAUCAGCAUGAUGAUAAAAAUCCUAUUGUGAGCUCUGAUGUUUCAGAAAAUGUAAUUCCAAAAGUUGUGGAAGAUUCUAAAUCAGUUAUGAAAGACACUGAAAGUUUAAAGACAACAGCAGAUGAAAUUGAUUUGGAUAAUAUUCCCGGGACGUCUAAACAAAUUGCAGUAAAUCGAAAUUUAAUUUCUUAUAAUUUUUUUAAUGUUUUUACAGCCUUCAAAGAAUUGGGAAUAUACUAUAUUAAGUUGAACGAAGUAUUGAAUAAAAAAUUUCGAUUAGAUUUAACAAAUUUAGCAUUAGAACAAAUGAAAACUCCAUUUUUAAAUUUCCCAUUAAAAGAAAAGGAAUUUUGGACUAAACAAAUUAUUACACAGCCAGUAAUUAUUAAAAAAUUUGAAAUAAUGAAAGGAGAAGAAUUUUUCUUCAAUGAUAUUACUUAUUUAAGUGACAAAGUACCAGUUCCAUCUAAUAAUUUAUUUCAACACAGUAAAGAAGUUUGGUUUCAUGUAAUAUUUGAUUCUGAGUAUGGUGUUGUUGAUGUAUCGCAACUUGACAAAAAAUUACAGCAUAGUUAUAUAACAUUUAGCGAUGUAUUUUUUAAGAUAACAAAUACUUAUUAUAAUAAAAAUAAUAUUCUAACAAUAGAUAUGAAAUCUCAAACAAUAGAAAAGAAUAUUUGGAAAAACCAAAGACUUAAUGAUUUAGAAGAAUUGAAUAAAAUAGAAUCUAAUUAUUUACCACGAAUGAAAAUUAUUGAAAAAGCAGUAAAUAUUAUGGUUGAGAAAAUACCAAUGUGUACAGAUCUUAUUGCAAAGACAAUUUUAAAAAAUUACAUUUUACGAUUAAAAUCAAUUUCAAGUUCAGUACCAACUUAUAAAAAAUUUGCACAAGAUUUUUCUAAAUUGAAAACUGCUGAGAUUAAUUCUUAUAGUAUAUAUAAAUUUAAAAAUGCGAAAUACAUUGAUGAUUUGUUAUUUGAAAAAAAUUUAGAUAAAAUAAAAGAUGCAAAUGAAGCCAGACAUAGAAUUAAUGUAAUUUAUAAUCAUGUCUAUGAGCAACCAGUUGAUAUUGUAUUUGAUAAUUAUAAGAAAUUAAUUAAUUAUCGACGAUAUCUUCGUUUUGAAGAUUAUUAUGCAUUCUAUUCACAUUGGCAUUAUACAUUAACAUUUAAUUUAGAUAAUAAUAGAAGAUUUUUAGCAGCUAUUUAUCGAAUUGCAAUUAGACAGUGUAAUGAAAAUUGGAUUAAAGAACCAAUUAAAAUUUAUUUAGCAAUUUCAUCUGUAGAACUAAAUCAAAUUCAUGCCUCAAGUAAAAUAAAUGAUUAUAUUAAAUUUGAUCAAAUUAAACUAUUUUCUUCAAAUCGUGAAAUACAAUCAUUUGAUACCAACAGUGGAUCAAAUCCUUCAUCUCAAAAACUAAUGUAUGAAAUUGAAAUUAGAAAUCAAGCAGGUAUAAUGAAUAUGAAUCGCAUUUUUGAAGAUAUAAAUAUAAAUUAUAUCGUUCUUCCUGAACUGAAAUUUGUUCUUGUUGAUAAGAGGUAUGAAAAUGAUAUGUUGAUAUUGAAAAUGCACGAUAUUGAAAAUCCAACCGAAAGCAGAAUGGUUGAUAUGAUAAAUACACUUAAUCUUUUGUAUGAAACUGAAACUCAGUUUUACUUAACGGAAAAUGAAACUUAAUUUUUAUUUACGUUAUUAUUAUUAUUAUUAUUAUUAUUAUUAUUAUUAUUAUUCGAAAAUAAUAUUUUAUUUAGAUGAUUUAACUUUUUUCUUAUCCUUAUAUUAAAUUAAUUAUUUAACAUUUAUUAAUUUUAAAUAAAAUCUAAUUAUAUGUUUAAGUAAAGAUUAAAUUGGUGAAUUUAAAAAAAAAAUUAAUGCAAAUAUUAAAUUAGAUAUUGUAUUAAAUAAUCUAUUCGUCUUCUUUAUUUUAUAACCUUAUUUUUGUUUAAUUUUUAACAAAAAGUAGAAUAUGAGGAUUCUACAAUUUUCGAUUUCUCCUUGGCUUUUAAUGAAAUGGAAACGAGCUAAUAACGAUCCAUAAACUUAUGAAAGAGAGAGAGAGGAUCGUAUAACGAACUAAAGAUGUUUAAAAUUUAAAUCACUUUAGUUUUUCCCGCCACGUGGUACUACAUUUUAAAUGCAAAUUAUAAAAUGUAAAUAAUCUCAACACUAGAAUUACUAUUAUUAUUAUUAUUAUUAUUAUCAUCUGUAUAUUUUUUCCGUUUUUAUUUUUC